AUGCCGUUUCCAGACUCCAGUGCCACAUCUCCUCUAUUGACACGCUACCAAGCCAGCCCUGAUCCCAACAACAAGACAACUACGCUCCUCAACCCCGAAGAUGCCGAACGUAUCCAGAAUUCCGCCUCCAUCCUCCUCCGCCGCCUACGCUACACAUUCUCCUUCAACGACACCGAUGCACGUAAAUGGAAACUAGCAGAUGUCUACAAGGACGGCGUCUUCCGCCAGGCGCUCUACAUCCGCUCCCUAGUACCCAACGCAACCCGCCCAGAAAUCAACUUUGGUGCAGCCGAAAACGCAGGCAUCAUCAUGGCUUUGCAACACGAACUUCGAGGGCCUCGUGUGUUCUUAGGGAAGGGUCCUUUGAUGGUGGAAAGUACAUUGGAGUGGCAUGAGUUGGAAUUCCGGUUCUUGAUAUGGACCGGGCGGGAUGGAUAUGAGCGGCACAGGAUUUCUUAUGUGGACAUGGAAUUGGGGAAAGAUAAAAAGGAGUUUGGAUAUGAAGGUGACGGUGGGAGAGAAUCUUCAUGGCAGGCAUACCUAUCGACGUCGCGGAACGGGUACUGA